GCUGCCUGGCUGCGCCAUGGCGGAAGCGGGGGAGAAGGAAACCAGGUCUUAUGAGGAAUCAACAGAUGAAUCUGAGGAAGAUGAGAGUGAAGAAGAACCUAAGCUCAAGUAUGAACGGCUUUCUAAUGGAGUGACCGAAAUUCUCCAGAAGGAUGCAGCCAGCUGCAUGACAGUGCAUGAAAAGUUUUUGGCACUUGGAACACAUUAUGGCAAAGUUUAUUUACUUGAUGUCCAGGGGAACAUCACACAGAAGUUUGAUGUUGUCUGCCUGCUGGCAGGAGACCAUUGGCCCAGUCCAACCUUCCGUGGCAGUCCAUUGGUGGAGACCUUUCAUCGACUGAUUGGAGAAGCCUCUCUGGGGAGUUCAGUGUCUCCUACUGACUGUCUCAUGGGAGGAGGUGAAGUCCCAUGUUGCCAGUGUCAGCUUGACACUAUUGAUUUUGAACAGUCAAACUUACUUAUGUUGUCCAGAAUUCCAAACAUGUCUCCAUCAGAAAGAAAACUGCAGCUAAUGGAAAUUCAGUUGAAGAGCCCAGUGAAGAUAAAUCAGAUCAGCCUGGAUGAAAGUGGAGAACACAUGGGUGUUUGCUCAGAAGAUGGGAAGGUACAAGUGUUUGGAUUAUAUUCAGCAGAAGAGUUCCAUGAAACUUUUGACUGUCCUAUUAAAAUUGUUGCUGUUCAUCCUCAGUUUGUAAGAUCCCACUUCAAGCAAUUUGUAACAGGCGGAAAAAAGUUGCUGUUAUAUGAAAGAGGUUGGAUGAAUAGAUGGAAGCCUUCAGUUUUACAUGAAGGGGAAGGAAAUAUAAGAAAUAUAAAAUGGAGGGGGCACUUAAUUGCUUGGGCUAAUAAUAUGGGUGUGAAGAUACUUGACAUGAUCUCCAAGCAAAGAAUUACUAAUGUGCCUCGAGAUGACAUAAGCCUUCGUCCAGAUAUGUAUCCCUGCAGCCUUUGCUGGAAGGAUAAUUUAACACUGAUUAUUGGCUGGGGAAAUUCAGUAAAGAUUUGCUCAGUAAAAGAACGGCAUGCCAGUGAAAUGCGUGACCUACCAAACCGCUAUGUGGAAAUAGUUUUCCAAUUUGACACAGAAUUCUACGUCAGUGGACUUGCACCUCUCUGUGACCAGCUUGUUAUACUGUCAUAUGUAAAGGAGAUCUCCGAAAAAACGGAAGUGGAGUGUUGUGCAAGGCCUAGACUCGAUAUUGUACAACCCCUGCCUGAGUCCUGUGAAGAGAUCUCUUCUGAUGCACUAACAGUACGAGGAUUUCAGGAAAAUGAAUGUCGUGAUUAUCAUUUGGAGUAUUCAGAAGGUGAAUCACUUUUUUAUAUCAUCAGCCCAAGAGAUGUGGUUGUGGCCAAAGAGCGGGACCAAGAUGAUCACAUUGACUGGCUUCUUGAAAAGAAGAAAUACGAAGAAGCUUUGAUGGCAGCUGAGAUCAGUCAGAAAACCAUAAAAAAGCACAAGAUUUUGGACAUUGGCUUAGCCUAUAUAAAUCACCUGGUGGAGAAAGGAGAGUAUGACCUGGCUGCUCGAAAGUGCCAGAAAAUCCUUGGCAAAAACACAGAACUCUGGGAAUUUGAAGUUUACAAGUUUAAAGAAAUAGGUCAGCUUAAAGCAAUUAGUCGUUACUUGCCAAGACGAGAUCCAGUUUUGAAACCUCUGAUCUACGAAAUGGUCCUACAUGAAUUUUUGGAAAGUGACUAUGAGGGGUUUGCAACCCUAAUAAAAGAGUGGCCUGGAGAUCUGUACAACAACACAAUCAUAGUUCAAGCUGUAGUGGAUCACCUGAAGAAAGAUCCGCAGAACAGGACUUUGCUACAAACACUUGCAGAAUUGUACACUUACGAUCAGCGCUACGGCAGAGCCCUAGAAAUCUACCUAACUCUGAGGCACAAAGAUGUCUUCCAGUUGAUCCACAAGCACAAUCUCUUCAGUUCUAUCAGAGACAAAAUUGUUCUGCUCAUGGAUUUUGAUUCAGAGAAAGCGGUAGACAUGCUUUUGGAUAAUGAAGAUAAAAUUUCUAUUGACAGAGUUGUUGAAGAAUUAGAAAAUAGGCCUGAGUUACAGCAUGUGUAUUUACACAAGCUUUUCAAAAGAGACCACCAUAAAGGCCAACGAUAUCAUGAGAAACAGAUCAGCCUUUAUGCUGAAUAUGAUCGACCCAACUUACUUCCAUUUCUCAGAGACAGUACACACUGCCCAUUGGAGAAGGCUCUUGAGAUUUGCCAGCAGAGGAACUUUGUAGAAGAGACAGUCUAUCUUCUGAGCAGAAUGGGUAAUAGCCGCAGUGCCUUGAAGAUGAUAAUGGAAGAAUUGCAAGAUGUAGAUAAAGCUAUUGAAUUUGCCAAGGAACAAGACGAUGGAGAACUUUGGGAAGAUCUCAUUUUAUAUUCUAUUGACAAACCACCUUUUAUUACUGGUUUGUUGAACAAUAUUGGAACCCAUGUCGAUCCUAUUCUUUUGAUCCACCGCAUUAAGGAAGGCAUGGAGAUUCCUAAUUUGAGAGACUCGCUAGUGAAAAUUCUUCAGGAUUACAACUUGCAGAUCUUGCUGCGGGAAGGUUGCAAAAAGAUACUCGUUGCUGAUUCUCUUUCUUUAUUGAAGAAAAUGCAUCGAACUCAGAUGAAGGGUGUUCUGGUGGAUGAGGAGAAUAUCUGUGAAUCUUGUCUGUCUCCAAUACUUCCUUCAGAUGCAUCCAAGUCCUUCAGUGUGGUAGUGUUCCACUGCAGACACAUGUUUCACAGAGAGUGCCUACCUGUAUCUAACACAGUAUCUUCUGUCCAGUUCUGCAAUAUAUGCAGUGCCAAACACAGGGGGCCAGGAAGUGCAGUCCUGGAGAUGAAGAAAUAGCAGUGGCUUAGUUCUCCAUGUCGGUCAGUGACACCAAAUCUGUUAGGACCAUGCAGAGCCACUGUAAUUUUCCAUUUCUGUAUAUAAUUUUGAUUGUGAUUUAAAAGUGGUUCCUGUUGUUUAUCCUGUUUAUUGAACAUUUUGGGUAAUAAGAAAAUGUGAAAAUCUUUUUCUGGUAAGUCUUUGUUAUGCAAUUCAUAUGUCAUGGUUCCUUUGCUCAGCUUGUUACUUCAUUCUGGAACAGAAAAAAAAAAUAAAACUGGAAGAAAAAACCCAUGUGAUUUAGAGAUUUGUGUUUGCUAUGAGUUAAUGUGCUUUACAGUUUGGAACCACAUUGGGCUUAUGGUUGGAUAUUGUAAAGAAAAAUGUAAUGCCAUGAAUUCGGCUCACCAGACUACUUCAGUCCUGAUUUAGUCUAUUAGGAACCUUUUUACUUUAAGACCUACAGGAGUCUGACUCGUUUCAGUGGAAUUGCUUCAGAACUUGAAGUUGUGUGCCAACUCAUAUCUUCAGUUAACAAAUUUGUUAACUGUGAAUUCCAUACAUUGGCAAUUUGCCUUGGUUACACAUUCAUAGUUCAUUAGAAACUAGUUAAUUUCUCAAUUAAUCUUCACAAUACAGUAGUUUAAAGUGAGCUUUUCUCAUGUUCAACUCAUCCAGAAACUUUAUUUUUAAAAAGUCAGCAGAAGGUCUUUAUGUUAUUUUAUGUGUGGUUGAAAUGCAUGGUUUCAUUUAAGUGCUAGGGAAAAAAAGUGUAUCUGACUUUUCAAAGGUAAGAUCUCUAGAAGUUUCUUCUGGCUUUAGCAAUUUAACAGCUAACUUAAAUAAAUCAAUUGGAUGUUAACAAAACUAUAGAUUUCAUUUGAACUGCAUUCUGUUUUGUUGAUCCAAAGGAAGUGAUCUUUGAGAAUGUCUUCACAGUAAUGUAAUCUGUUUAUAAUAUAUCAUGAUUAAAUUCAAUAUAAUCAUCUUUUCCUUAAGAAAAGUAAUCAGAACUCCCAAGCUAUUUUUCUGCUUUUUAAUAAAUUGAGUUUGAAAGUAAAAAUAUAUUGCUUUGCCAUUAAAUUGUACUGUUUGAACAGGCUAACAUACUAACAUACUAAGUUCUAAAACAAUGGUAUAUACUGCAGUCUGUCUGUAAAACUGGAAAAUACAGUACCUCUAAUACAACACCUUCUUCUAUAACUUAUUCCCAUGUAAGUACACCUUAAAAUAAUUUCUACUGUGGAAACUUGUGUUUCAAG